CCUUCUGUUUGCGCCGGCUACUCGGGCGACGCGGAGUGGAGCGAUGGCGGCUGGCGGCAACGAUCCUCGAGCGGGCGACGUGGAAGAAGAUGCCUCCCAGCUCAUCUUCCCUAAAGAGUUUGAAACAGCUGAGACACUUCUAAAUUCAGAAGUUCAUAUGCUUCUGGAGCAUCGAAAGCAACAAAAUGAGAGUGCAGAGGAUGAACAGGAACUCUCAGAGGUCUUCAUGAAAACUUUAAACUACACAGCUCGUUUCAGUCGUUUCAAAAACAGAGAGACCAUUGCUAGUGUCCGUAGCUUGCUUCUCCAGAAAAAGCUACAUAAGUUUGAAUUGGCCUGUUUGGCCAACCUUUGCCCAGAGACUGCUGAGGAGUCCAAAGCUUUGAUCCCCAGCCUAGAGGGACGAUUUGAAGAUGAGGAGCUGCAGCAGAUUCUUGAUGAUAUCCAGACCAAGCGCAGUUUUCAAUAUUAAUCUCCAGAUAUCACUUUGCUCCUUGGGGGGAAACGUUCCCAGAAAAAUUCCACCUGUCCAGGGUAUAGAUCUGCCCAGAAAUUAUAUAGCAGAAGAUAGCUGGGCUUCUUUAGGAGAGGACAGCCUAGCUUGCUGUUUCACGUGUGGCUGUGAGACCAUGAGAACCAUAGAAUUGUGUUGUGGCUUUGCAGGUGUCCGCAGGGCCAACUAAGCAGGCCACUAGCUGGGAGGUUCCACCAGGGCAGGGUGCAGGCCACAUUGUUGACUACCUCAUACUGUGUUUGCUGUACAAUGUUAUUUGUAUUUUAACAAUUCAUGUUAAUGUCAAUUUUAUAGGGGUUUUGG